AUGGCAGAAGGCUCUUUUACAGGAGACCCACUUUACGACAAGUUGGUGGCAGCAUUUUUAGUGAUAAGAAUUCUCGUUUCGACUCUUAUGACUGCAACUUGCUCAGUUCAAUUAGUCUAUGAAUACCGAUAUCAAAGACAAAAUCCAAAUGUUUUCAGUCCUAAAUUGUUAACUUUGGUUGGUUGUACAUUUUUCCCUUUUUCUGUUGCCUUGAUUGGUAUGUGGACGACAUUUUUUAUCUUUGUUGCCUGGGUGUUUGUCGGUUGCUUUUGGUUACAAUUAUUAUUUAUUUUAUUCCUUUCAUCAAAAAUUAAAUUAAAUUAUAUUGGAAGAAUAUGGAAGAUAUCAUGGGCAGUUUUAGGAAUAUCAUUAUUAUAUACACUAGGAUAUACUUUGAUUAGUAAAUUUGCAGUAAAAUAUUCAGAUUUAUUUUACAUGGUUGGAUUUCUUAGUAUACUUGGCAUUUUUGGCACCAUCAUUUUAAUCUUUGGUGUUUUAUUGGCUAGACAAAUGAAAAAACAUCAAAAGAUAUCAAUGUCUCUGCGAACAUUCAAGACGGUUAAAAAGAUAAAGAUUCUUUCUAUUUGUCUAUUUUUCAUUAUCGUUUCGGCAUUGGCAAGAGAUUUGAUAUUAAAUGUUAUCAUUAAAGGUAUACCACCUGAUUCAAAUAUUAGAUAUCUAUCUCAUUUUAUAACAUUCUUUUUAGAAACUUUACAAGGUAUUGUAAUGAUGGUAGCAAUUGCAGAUGUACCAAUAAAUUAUUUAUUGUUAAAAGGUAUAAAUCCAACUAGAAAUCAUACAAUUCCAUCUAGUCAAUCACCCAAUUCAAAGAUAUCUAUUGGUGGAUUCCGUAAUAGAAAUAAUAAUAAUAAUACUAGUACAAUGUCUUCAAGUUCUUCAAUUGAAAUGAAAUUAAACAAAAAGAUAAAGAAAAAGAAAUCAAAUAGUGACAAUUCAGAGACAUCAACCUCUUCAUUAUCAAUGACUGCGUCAUCAAUGAAAAUGAAUUCAGAUAGUAUGAUACAAUCUUUUUCCUCUUCUUCAGUGGCUACAAUAGGUUCAUCUUCAGAAUUGGCUCCUGUAACAAUUAUAGAUAUAAAUCAAAAUAAUCAAAAUAAUCAAAAUAAUAAUAAUCAAACUAAUAAUAAAGAAGAGGGAGGAGGAGGAGGAGGAUCAUUAAAUUGCUAA